GCUCCAACGAGGCGCGCACAUAAGGAAAGGAAAACCUGCAACAACUCCAUGGUCUCCUCCCGUUUCGAUCAAACAAAAGACCAGAAAAUAAAAGAGAAAAAGGUAAUAGUAAGCCUCCGUUCCCAAACUCCCCCAAAGGCCUCCAAGCUCGAGCUCGACCCCGAACCGGAAACAUUCCUCGUCGGCGAGGAGCGGCGAGAUCCCCCGGGCCCCGGCCAUGGAGGGGCUCCUGUCCAAGCUCCGGAGCCUGGACGCCUACCCCAAGGUGAACGAGGACUUCUACAGCCGCACGCUCUCCGGCGGCAUCAUCACGCUCGCCUCCUCCGUCGUCAUGCUCCUCCUCUUCGUCUCCGAGCUCCGAUUAUAUCUUCAUGCGGUCACAGAAACAACACUAAGGGUUGAUACCUCAAGGGGAGAAACACUUCGCAUAAAUUUUGAUGUCACCUUUCCAGCCCUUCAGUGUUCUAUAAUAAGCCUUGAUGCAAUGGACAUCAGUGGACAAGAGCACCUUGAUGUGAAACAUGAUAUAUUCAAGCAGAGAAUUGAUGUCCAUGGUAAUGUUAUUGCAACUAAGCAAGAUGCAGUUGGUGGGAUGAAGGUGGAACAGCCCCUACAGCGGCAUGGCGGCAGGCUUGAACACAAUGAGACCUAUUGUGGCUCUUGUUAUGGUGCGGAAGAAUCUGAUGAGCAGUGUUGUAACUCGUGUGAAGAUGUUCGAGAAGCAUACAGGAAAAAAGGUUGGGGUGUAUCAAAUCCAGAUUUGAUCGACCAGUGCAAAAGGGAAGGCUUCCUUCAGAGUAUAAAGGAUGAAGAAGGAGAAGGAUGCAAUAUUUAUGGUUUCCUGGAAGUUAACAAGGUUGCUGGAAAUUUCCACUUUGCUCCAGGGAAAAGCUUCCAGAAGGCAAAUGUUCAUGUCCACGACUUGCUUCCAUUCCAAAAGGACAGCUUCAAUGUCAGCCAUAAAAUAAAUAAGUUAAGUUUUGGACAACGCUUUCCUGGUGUGGUUAAUCCUCUUGACGGGGCACAAUGGAUGCAACAUUCAUCAUAUGGAAUGUACCAAUACUUCAUCAAGGUUGUUCCCACUGUCUACACAGACAUAAAUGAACACAUUAUUCUUUCGAAUCAGUUUUCUGUGACGGAACAUUUUAGAAGUAGUGAGAGCGGUCGGAUACAGGCUGUUCCUGGAGUAUUUUUCUUUUACGACCUUUCGCCAAUUAAGGUCACAUUCACGGAACAGCAUGUGUCAUUUUUGCACUUCUUAACUAAUGUUUGCGCUAUAGUUGGAGGCGUCUUCACUGUUUCUGGAAUCAUAGAUUCAUUUGUAUACCAUGGCCAGAGAGCAAUCAAGAAGAAGAUGGAAAUCGGAAAAUUCAACUGAAUAUUGAAUGUAGCCUUCCUGUUGGUACUACCCACAACUCAUUCCAUUUUCAGGACUUACUUUUGAAGAACUAUUGUCACAGUAGGGGGCGAGGCCGCUCCAAGUUCAAAAAACGCCAGUGAACCAACCCACUAAUAUUUCUCAUAUGCUUUCUGCUCUGAAACUAUUGAUUCCCGUGCAUAGUUUAUAACCAACUGGUCAUCAAAGUACAAGUGACUUGGCUGCUUGCUUCCAGCAGAAGCUACCUGUAAAGGAAAUGGUUCAUCUGGUUAUACUGCCCUGGGGCAAACGGAGCAUUUCAGAGAUGCUCAAUUUUGUACACCAUACCAGGAAACAUUUUGUGUAAGCUGCAUUUUUUUUUCUUUUGUUGUAAAUCGGUGACUCCGUGUUAAUGAGCUCUUGCUUCUUUGUAGAACAGAAAAUUUUCCUGACUCCGUGUUUUAUACAUCAUAUUCUUUUACUUACCUGUAGCUUUCACAUGCUAGGUAAAAGAAUGUGUAAUUAUUUCGAGGAAAAGUUUCUUUUCUCCCUUGCUCCCCGUUCUCUACAAAGUUUACUGUAAUCGGUAGAAGUCAAUGACCAUUGUAUUAGAUAUAAAGUAACCAUGUGACGGUGUGGAUGGUAUCCCAUAAUGAAUGCACCAUGUCUUUUGCUCC